GGAGAAACGUGACGUUGCUAACAUGCUCCGACAAACGUUGCGAUGGUUGCGAUUGACAGAUUAUCAUAUGGCACUGCGAUCUGUUCUCACUUCAAUUUAAUUUUAGCGAAUAAUGAUCUAUAUAUAGUGAACGUGAAAGUUGAAUAGGAUUUAAAUUGGCGGUCAUGUCGUGUCGCACGUCGUUUCCGGUGACGGGCGGAUGCGGACUCGCCUGCUCUAACUUUGCAGUCACGUGACCUGGUUGUAAGUGCAUCGCUGUCGGGAUCAUUAUAUUAUGACAGCGGAAACGUCAAAAGUCGCGAACGGAUUGUAAACAAACUGGACCGGCGGCGUGCACGGAAUAUCAUAGUCGCGCAUCUCGCCAUACGGAUCUCGUUCUCGCUUCUUUUAUGUACACGCAAGCGAUCAAAAUGCCGGUCCAGAAGGAUUCGAAUAUCGUAAAAAUCGCCGUUCAGAUGACCGAUCAGGUGCCGCAGCUCAUCGAGUUUAAUCAGAAGCAACCUUUGGCCGGAAUUAUUCAGGAAUUGUGCAAUGGAUGGGGUUUAUCUGACGCAGAGUCGUACUCUUUACAAUUUUCGGAAAGUAACAAUCAGAACUACAUUACGGAGAAAAACAGGAACGAGGUGAAGAAUGGCAGUAUUCUCAGAUUGGAGUUUUCACCCUCGAAAACAGCGAGUGAUAUUUUGACUAAGCUUAAUAAUGGGACAGUGGAAGAGAAAGUAGCAGCUCUGCAAAAACUGAGCACACUCAGCAUAGAUAUGACUUUUGCUUAUGAAUUUAUAAAUAAGAAAGGAUUGGCAUUAAUUAUUUCACAGGUGGAAGGUGGAAAAUAUAAGGGAAACACGCUUGCAUAUUCCCUUCAAUCGUUUGUGGAAUUGAUGGAUCAUGGGAUUGUAUCGUGGGAUAUAUUGGAAACGCCCUUUAUUAAUAAAGUGGCUAGCUACGUGAAUAACCAAUCAGUGACUCAGGACACCAGUAUUGUGGAAGCAUCUCUGAGUAUUUUAGAGAAUAUAGUCCUGAAUUCAACGGGGAAAUAUGGACAAGUGGAGAAAGAAGUUACUUUCCCUAAUCUUGUGAUGCACUUGCAGUGCAUGAAUCCACAAAUUCAACAAAAUGCGAUAGCUUUAAUAAACGCGCUGUUUCUGAAGGCCGAUCUACACAAGAGGCGAGCAGUUUCUGCUACAUUGCAAUCUAAACAAGUCAGGAACGUGUUUUUGACUAAUGUCAUACAAUCCACUGGACAGGUCGGAGCGGAAAUGGCGCAUCAACUCUAUGUACUGCAGACGCUAAUGCUCAGUCUUUUGGAACAACGAAUGAUGGCGAAGAUGGAUCCACAGGAUCAAGACGCACACGAUAAAAUAAAGGAAUUACGAAGAAUCGCCUUCGACACGGAAGGUGCGAAUAGUGGAGAUGUAGCUGCUCGCAAGCAGGGACUUUUUGCCAAAGAUUACAAGAAAUUGGGCUUCAAGUACGACAUCAAUCCCGCUCUUGACUUUACCGAGACUCCACCGGGAAUGCUCGCGUUGGACUGUAUGGUAUACUUCGCGCGUAAUCAUACUGAAGCUUAUACGAAGGUCGUUCUCGAGAAUUCGUGCAGAGCGGACGAGCAUGAAUGCCCUUUCGGCAGAACAAGUGUAGAACUUGUUAAAUUGCUUUGCGAGGUGUUACGCAUUGGCGAGGCACCCAGCGAACAGGGCCAAUCUUAUCAUCCAAUGUUCUUUACGCACGAUCAUCCCUUCGAGGAAUUCUACUGCGUCUGCAUAGUUCUGUUGAAUAAGACGUGGAAGGAAAUGAGAGCGACUACGGAGGACUUUGUCAAAGUCUUCUCUGUUGUGCGUGAGCAGAUUACCAGGGCGCUUCAGUGUAAACCCACAGGACUGGAUAAGUUUAAAAACAAGUUGCAACAGUUGCCUUAUUCGACGAUCACUAAUCUUUGGCAACAGGAGAGGACAAAUCGGGAGGAAUGGGAGAGCCACGCGAGGCCAAUUGUUGAACUUAGAGAACAGAUUACUCCCGAAAUACUAGAGCUGAUUCAACAGCAGCGAUUAGGAUUUUUGGUGCAGGGUACCAGAUUUAUGAAAUACAGUGCCAGAGGACAACGGAUUAAAGAUAAAUUCUGGUACGUCCGCUUAUCGCCGAAUCACAAAGUCUUUCAUUAUGGUGACUGCGACGAGAAAUCGGUGCCAACGAUAGACGAACUUCCCACAAAGCUAGCGGUAGUCGAGAUUCGAGGAUUAUUGACCGGCAGGGAUUGUCCGCAUAUGAAAGAUUUACAAAGGCGAAAAACUACUCAUCAGUUGGCGUUUUCUUUAGCCUUGGACUCCGUUGAAGUAUCUAGUCUCGAUUUCGUUGCUCCUGAUGAACAGGUCUUCGAUUAUUGGACUGACGGCAUUAAUGCUUUACUCGGAAAUAGAAUGACUAGUAAAGAGGCUGAAAAUGACUUGGAGACUUUACUAUCCAUGGACAUUAAAUUAAGACUUUUGGAUGCCGAAGGGAUCGACAUUCCGCAAGAUCCACCCACGAUUCCUGAACCACCGCCAAAUUAUGACUUUUGCUACGAGUUAAAGUAAAAGUUGUAAGUCGUGCCCGUCUAUUAAUUAUUACUUUCCACCGUAUAUCAAUUUUUUAUAUGCAUGCAAAGCCAUUGAUCUUUAUUUGCAAAUAUUUAUACUUUUUCUGAUCUUUUGCAUAUAUUGUUGCGAUAUAGAUUGAGAUUUCUCUCUUUAGAUUGCGCAAUUUUCCGUAUAAAGCGUAUUUUAAUGAUAUAAAAAAUAGCAGUAUAUAUCUUUUACCAAAGAAACAUUUUAAAUUUUAUGUAUAUAUGCAGUUUUUUUAUUAUAUUUUUUAAGAAAUUAUUUAUCUACAAAUGAGAAUCGUCUAGGCAGAAGAAUCACCGUAAUCAUGUCGACGAUAUUUUUUUAAUAAUUUAAUUAACUU